AAUAUAUAAAUAAAAAUUGAUUAAACAAAAAGGAUAGUCAAACUGGUACACUCUCCUAAUUAUUUCAACUUUUCAAGCUUCAACAUCAAAAGGUUUCCAAUGGCGGACUUCUCUCUUCCUCAAGACUCUCUCUUUCUAGGUUUCGACAGUUCUACUCAGUCUCUAAAGGCUACAAUAUUGGAUUUCAACUUCAAUAUUAUUGCAGCCGAGCUUGUUCAUUUCGAUUCUGAGUUGCCCCAUUAUAAGACCAAGGAUGGGGUUUACCGUGAUCUUUCUGUUAAUGGCCGGAUUGUUUCACCCACCUUGAUGUGGGUUGAAGCCCUUGAUACUAUGCUUCAAAAAUUGUCGAAAAAGAUUGACUUGGGAAAGGUUGCUGCUGUGUCUGGAAGCGGACAGCAGCAUGGCAGUGUCUAUUGGAAGAAUGGGAGUUCAUUGAUAUUGUCAUCUUUGGAUCCCAGGAAAAAGUUGGUAGAACAAUUUGGAGAAGCUUUCUCCAUUAAAGAAUCGCCGAUAUGGAUGGAUAGUAGUACCACUGAACAAUGCAGGAAGAUAGAGGAGGCUGUAGGAGGAGCUCUGGAAUUAUCUUGUCUCACAGGUUCUCGGGCACAUGAGCGAUAUACGGGCCCUCAAAUCAGGAGAAUAUAUGAAACACAACCCGAAGUAUACAAACAAACGGAGAGGAUAUCACUAGUGAGCUCAUUUAUGGCAUCUCUUCUUAUAGGUAGCUAUGCUUGCAUUGAUGAAACAGAUGGUGCUGGAAUGAAUCUAUUGGAUAUCAGGCAAAGAGUGUGGUCUAAGAAGGCUUUAGAUGCUACUGCACCUGCACUGGAGGAGAAGCUUGGAGUGCCAGCUCCUGCAUAUGCCGUUGCUGGUUUUAUUGCUCCAUAUUUUGUGGAGAGGUAUCAAUUCAGCAGUGAUUGCUUGGUUAUUCAGUGGUCUGGAGACAAUCCAAACAGCCUUGCAGGAUUGACACUCAACACUCCCGGUGAUCUUGCAAUUAGUCUUGGGACAAGUGACACUGUAUUUGGCAUAACUGAUGAGCCACAACCGCGUUUAGAAGGUCAUGUUUUCCCUAAUCCUGUUGAUACAAAAGGUUUUAUGGUUAUGCUCUGCUACAAAAAUGGGUCCCUGACUCGUGAAGAUAUUCGUAAUCAAUUCGCAGAUAAAUCAUGGGAUGUGUUCAACACAUAUCUGCAGCAAACUCCUCCACUUAAUGAUGGAAAGCUAGGUUUCUACUACAAGGAACAUGAAAUUCUUCCUCCCUUACCGGUUGGUUUCCACCGGUAUAUACUCCGAAAUUUCACAGGCGGUGCUAUUGAUGAUGUUGUUGAACAUGAAGUUGAUGAUUUCGAUGCUCCUUCUGAGGUUCGAGCUCUGAUUGAGGGCCAGUUUCUCUCUAUGCGAGCUCACGUUCAAAGGUUCGGAAUGCCUUUCCCUCCUAGACGGUUGAUAGCUACUGGUGGAGCAUCAGCCAAUGAGUGCAUUCUUGGCUCCUUGGCCUCUAUAUUUGGCUGUGACAUUUACACUGUUGAAAGACCAGAUUCAGCAUCAUUAGGCGCUGCACUCAGGGCUGCACAUGGUUGGCUUUGUAACGCAAAGGGUAGUUUUGUUCCCUUUGAAAGCAUGUACAAAAACAAGUUGGAAAAGACAUCGUUAAACUCCAAGCUUUCUGUCGAGGCUGGUGAACCAGUCUUGGUUUCUAAGUAUGCAACUGUGAUGAAGAAGAGGAUGGAGAUAGAGAACCGCCUGGUUCAAAAGUUGGGUCGCUGGUAAACGAAGACUGAAGAACAAAAGCGUACUUAUCAAUUGUCAACUCCUUUGGUUUUUAUGUUUAUUCGUUGGUGAACUGUUGGUUUGAUCGUUUCCUUUUCCUUGCCUUAAUUUAGUACAGAAUAUUAGUUAAAUGUACAUAGAUGUUAAUCCGUUUAAAAGAUGGAUGCGGUAUUCCAGAAAAAGGAAGAAAGUUUUAAUUUACA